AUACCUGGUCAUAGCUCACCCGCUCUCCUCCAAGACUUUGUGUACGUCCAGGAAUGCUCGCAUUGCUUUGGCUUGUACUUGGAUCACAGCGAUUCUCUUGGCAUGCCCUUCCUUCGUUAUUAUGGGGACAGAAUCUAACAGGUACUACAACAAUUCAACAUCGGUGGUUGUGGUUCUUUGUGCCGACCUUGGAAUUGGUACCCAAGAACGACUAUCUUAUGCCAUCUGGCAACUGGCUGGCCUCUUUCUGGUGCCCACAAGCAUUCUACUUUAUUGUUACGUCAGAGUCAUUUGUAUUCUGUGGCUGAGCGCCAGGCAGCUUCAAACACUCACCUCGCCAAAUAGAUUUGACGCCAGUAGUACGGAGAGCUGUAAUCACGUGACCCACAGAAACGGCAGUCUUCAUUGGAGAGCCAGGUGUAGUCCAUCUUUUAGAGCAGGGGAAGAGGCAUUACAAAAGAGGAAACAACAAACAUGCAUUUACGGCGGCUGGAAACCUAUGCAAAGAGUUAAUCAACUGGUCAUCAGCUGCCUUCCUUACCUCCAGUCGUGCAUUAAUCCCAUCAUCUACGUGUUGAUGUCCAAGAAUAUCCGCACCAGCAUCCGCAAGAUCGCCUGCUCGCGCUGCCCUUGCAAGUGCUUUGCAGAGAACCAAUGGACAGAGUCGAUUUCCCAUGAGCUCAUCAAGACAAACCAGAGCCAAGGUGCUUCCUCUAUGGAGACUUAUCGCAGUUUCAGAAGUAACAAAUCAACAACAGCCCAUGUUUAA